ACUCAUACCUUCCUUCGUCUUUUUUCUUUGUCAGAUCGUAGACAGCCGGAUGAAACGCGUUUCCCGUGUAACCAUGCAUACGCAUUCAACGUGACAAGCUGUCAAUGUGCUGCUUUAUUUUUCAUUCUUUAUACUCCCCAACAAUGAUACUUUCGCCAAAAGUUUCAUCUGUUUGCGUGACAAUGAAUCCUUAUAUUCAUUGAAAUUAUUUGAUUUCUUUCUUUUUUAUUUUUUAUAUAAUCAUCGACCGUUCCAUGUAGUCAAGAAUUUUGUAAAAUAUGGCUGCAUUACCACGAAGAAUUAUCAAAGAAACUCAAAGAUUAAUGCAAGAACCUGUUCCUGGUAUAAGCGCAGUUCCAGAUGACACAAAUGCUAGAUAUUUUCAUGUCAUUGUAACGGGACCUGAAGAUUCGCCAUUUGAAGGUGGUUUAUUUAAACUCGAGUUGUUCCUACCGGAAGAUUAUCCAAUGUCUGCCCCUAAAGUGAGAUUUAUAACCAAAAUUUAUCAUCCAAAUAUCGAUAGAUUAGGCAGAAUUUGUCUAGACAUCUUAAAGGAUAAGUGGAGCCCCGCUUUACAAAUUAGAACGGUUCUUCUAUCAAUACAAGCACUUUUGAGUGCACCAAAUCCAGAUGAUCCUUUGGCAAAUGAUGUAGCUGAACUUUGGAAAGUUAAUGAAAGUGAAGCGAUACGUAAUGCCAAAGAAUGGACCCGGAGAUACGCAAUGGACAACUGAUCUCAGCUUUGUCAAAUCAUUCGCAACACAAAGCAACGUUACCCCUUUUGUCCCAGUUUAUUCGUCACCUUACCCGCACUAGCUGCAUAUCCUGCACCUGUGUCCACGAUUUUGCUAUAAAAUCAAUAAAAGUUUUGUAAGAGUAAAUAGAAUGGAACUGUAUUUUCUAUAUUGUGGGAAAUACAAAAACAUCUUAUUUAGAUUUCUUUAAAAAUUCAUUUAGUAAACUCGUAUGAUUUUUUCCAUUAUAAUACUACAUAUUUACAAAAGUAUUCUUUAAUUAAAAAAAGAAGAAAGUACAUAAAAAAAAAAAAAAAGAAAAAAAAAUAAAUAUUAAUAGCAAACGUUGUUUAUUUCGGCGCGUAAUUUUGAAUAAAAUUGAGAAAGAAACAAGUAUGCUAUAUUAUACUAAUUUACUAAAUAAUUACAAGAUAUUUUGUGCAGUGCAUAAUUAACAUGCAUUAUGGUUGAUGAUUUUAAUAAGCUACAAAAAAUGUGCUAGAAUCCAUUAAGUUAUAUUAUGUAAUACAUAAUUCUUUAUUGAAUCCUUUUCAUUCUACUAACUAAAUAUCACCUGGGAUUGUUAUGUGGGUACAUAUAUUUAUGCAUAAUACAAGAAGAUAAAUAUUAUCCUUAUUACUGUAUUUAAAAACAAUAAUAUUUAUUUAUCGAUUAAUCCAUAUAGAAAUUUUAAGAUAACAAAACUACAAACUUCUGCAAAAAUUAACCUUUCUAAUGUAAUUAAUUAUUGUACAAGUAAUUAUUUAUGACUGCAAAAAAUGGUAUGAAGAAAUUAAUAUAAUUUAACGAUAAUAUAUGAAAGAUCCAAAAGUUAUAUCUCUAACAAAAAAUACAUUUUUUUAUUAUUUGAGCUAAAAUAUCUUCGAAUGCUAAUUAAUUAAUUGUAGGUUGAAAAAGCAAAAACAAAAAAAAAAAAAGAACAAAUUAUUUUGUAAUUCUUAAAACAACACAUUCAAUUUCGUUUGAAUUAGACAUAGACGACUGAAAAUAUGAGAUAAAUAUUUACGUCUCACUAAAAAGCUUGCACUACCUCAAUAGAAAAUUGAGUUCGAUGUAAAAUUUUAUUAGUAUCGUGAGAAGAAUAUAAUACUCUCAAAAGAGAAAACAACAAAAAGAAAAAAAAAAAAGAAGUAAAAUAUAUAUUAUUAUGCAACUGAACAUAUAAAGGAUUCACGCGUAAAUAAUAUUUUGUUGGAAGAUUGUAUACAAAUUUCUGUAUACUAAUUUAGCGUUUAUGUUUCACAAGAAAAAAAAAAAAUAAUACAAUUUAAGCUUCCUAAUAUGGCACUUGGGUCUGUAUAUGUAAAUUCAACUUCCAAAUGGUUAUACAUAAUUACUAAAAUAUAUAUACAUAUAUUUACUUUCGAGUAUCUUGCAACACACUAGAAAAUAUUUAAUAUAAUUGUGGUUUGAUUAAUUGAAUAUAUAAAUUGUGAUAAGUUAUAAAAUAACCCAUAUUAGUUGUGUAAUGUUUCAAACACUUCCACGUCAGAAAAUACAAGAAUUUUAUAUGAAAAAGAAAAAAAAAAAAAAGAAAAA